ACGUUGUAUGGCGCACCCUUAGAUGACAUGAUAUACCCUGGAUUGACAACCGGCAGCCCCUACAUCUCCUACAGUAAGCUAGGACCCUGUGCGGAGAAACCAUUUCUACCAAUGUGGAAAUUCUGCAGUUUAGUAUCUGUGUUCAUCAAUCUGAUUAUGGUGUACGGCGCCCUGACGGAGCAGUCCUUGCCAGUAGUCCCAUGGAUCGUUUGGCACAUAGCAAUGCCUUUAGUGCAGUUUUCAGUCUUCAAGUGGAACAACAUAAAAUUAGCUACUUGUCAAGGAAUAAUAUCGUCAGACGGAUCCGGAAUAUCCUCUUUAGUUAUAUUAUCGGUUCGCUGUUUGCAAGUCUGUUGAGUUUCAUCGCCAUUAGUUUGUUCAUUCUGUUCAUUCUGUUCAUUCUGUACGGUCUGUUCAGACUGUUCAGAAGACUAACACAUCGAGAAACUAGGACGGUGAAUGAGCAACAUGUAUUUUAUGUACAGCGAAGGUACAGGAUUCGCGUCUAUGGACUGUAGAUAUGACGCCAGCAGCGUGUUACGAGGAAGAAGCUUUUCGCUUGCAAUGAAGAAACCAUGAAGAACUGGAGGAAAGUAUAAUCAGUGAAACCAAUAUUCUUUGAAAGUACCUGUGAUCACCAAUAGCAAACAUGCCGGCUUAAUCAAGGAAAAACGCUGACUAUGCAAGAGUAUAUGUGCAAAUUUAAUGCGUUGUGAAUCAAUCUUUAUUAAAUAGUCUAUAAUUUAUGGUUCAAUUUAUAACAAUCAGUUCAAAAAUAAAAUAUACAUAACAGUUUAGAAAUGGGUACUAACUUUUAGAGUUGUAUUAAAGUAAAUAGUUCGUAACAAAUGUUAUUGGCGAAAUUCAAAUAUAUUUUUAAGCAAGAAGGAUUUUUUUAAAUAAGACAGAGGUGAAAGGCCAUACUGUGCCAGAAUAAGUUUAAUUUUCUUGUAGCGUGUACCAUUUGAAUAUUAUUGUAAGCAAUAUAUGUAUUGACAUAUCAACGUAAACGAAAUAUAUUAAUGUUUACAAAAUUGUCUCUCUCUUACGUGUAAUUAAUUUUGUUUCUGCCAUUACGGAACCAUAAUUUUCAUUUCACGAUCACUUUAAUUAAACCUUUACGUCUGCAACUGCCUUGAGCUGGAAACAUUAUUUAGUGGUCUAGCUUCGUUACAGGUACAUAUAAUCAGAAUGUUAUUUUAAAUCAAAUAUUUCACUUCUACGCAAACAAAGUUUACACUGUGUCUUACUUCAAGUUAAGUAUAAUAAUUCUCAUACGGAUAUCGACAGACAAAUUCAUUCAAAUUCUUGAAACGAUGUUCAAUGCCUUUAUCUUUCCACAAGAGCAAAGGUUUGAAGACCACAGGAAAGCCUGCAAAAUUAUGUUCUGGUUAAAAUGUGGUAACCUUAUCAUGCAUUUAUUAGAUAAGAAGCGUGUUGUUUGGUCCAGUGGUUAUCACGUGUAUGUAGAUUAUAACUGAAGGUUAGGCGACCAAGUUCAUGUUCAAUAGAUGGAGGACAAGUGACGUGUGGUGAUGCAUUUUACUUGCACUUAGAAACAACCCAAUUUGAAUCUCAAUCGGAAAACCUGCUUUUAUGACUGAGGUCCAUCAUGAUAUCGAACACUGACUGAGAGAUUAGGAUUCUGCCUCCUAAUGGAGAAAUCACGGGUUAAGAUCAUAAAAUGGCUAAAGACUCUGCAUGCUCAGGAUUUGUCAUAAUUUCUGAUCCCAAAAGGGAAAUGACGGGACGGUGUCAUAAAACAACCCAGGACCACAGCCUUUCCAGCUCAACAUUGACACGAAUCAUUCUAUCAUUUCAUGCUCCAUAAUCUAGGCAAUACAAAUGGCGUCGUUAAACACAAGAAAUUAAUACAGAUUGUUGUUUUCUGG